CCCUUUGGGCGCUAGAGGUCUCUGCGCUCUCGCCUCCUCGCUGGCGGGCCGGGCGCGGCCAUUGUUGCUCCGUCUUCCCUCCCAGCCAAGUCGUCGUCCUCCUCCUCCUCCAGAGGGACCCGGCGUGGCGAGGCGGGGAGAGAAAGGCAACCCGCUGGGGAUGGAGGGGGAGAGCACGACGGCGUUGCUGCCGGGCUUCCUCUUCGGCGCCCUCGCUUUCCAACACUUCAGCACCGACGCGGAUUCGGAAGGUUUUCUUCUUGGAGAUGUGAAAGGUGAAGCCAAAAACAGCAUUACCGACUCUCAGAUGGAUGAUGUUGAGGUUGUGUAUACAAUUGAUAUACAAAAGCACAUUCCAUGUUAUCAACUCUUCAGCUUUUACGAUGCAGUUGGAGAACUGAAUAAACCGAUGUUGAAGAAAAUAUUAUCAGGGUGCAAAAAGAAUGUGAUAGGUUGGUACAAGCUCAGGCGCAAUACUGACCAGACAAUGACGUUCCGAGAACAGCUUCUUCAUCAGCACUUACAAUCGCACUUAUCAAAUCUGGAUCUUGUGUUUCUCUUACUCACUUCCAACGUAACCUCUUCAAGCUCAUCCACUUACAAACUUGAAUAUGCCUUGCAUAAGCCCCAAGAGGGGCUUUUUCAGAAAGUGCCAGUAGUUGUAGCCAAUCUAGGAAUGGCAGAACAACAAGGUUAUCGAACUGUAUCUGGUUCCUGUAACUCUUCGGGCCUUUGCAAAGUGAUGGCAGAACACAGGUCAGAAUUCUUUAAUGAAGAUGGGUCUCUAAAAGAGGUUCAUAAGAUUAAUGAAAUGUAUUCUACUUUGCAGACUGAACUAAAGAAUCUGUGCAGUAAAGUAGUAGAUACUGAAAAAUCAGUAGAGAAUCUAUUAUCACAUAUAGACCAACUGAGAAAAGAAAUAAGAAGCAAAAAAGAACAAAAGAAAACUACAGGAAAGGAUAGAAAUUACUCAGAUGAGCCAAAAGAGAAUAUUUUUCUCUGUCAAGCUUUGCAGCACUUUUUCCCAAAUUCUGGGUUGCAGACAAGCACGAUUACGUUAAAAGGAAGGCAGAUUUCUAAGCAGGGAUGCACUGCUGAUCACAACAUCCAAAUCAUGGACCAAUUAACUUUAAUGAUCAAAGAAAGUAAUUUCCCUGAAACAGAAAUGAGGCAGGCGUCAAAGCGAAAAGCCAUUGUGAAUGCAAGCGGGCCAAAGGCAGGCAAAAGAUUACGCCCUUUCCAUCUAAAUCAAAAAGUAUUUCAAGACGACCAGGAAAACAGUGACCAAGAAUUAAAUCUUACGAGUAAUACCAAUGCAACUGAAGAUGGGACACCUUGAUGAGCACACUGUCUUCAACUUUUUAAUUCCUUCCAGUGGAAAUGGGUUUUAGUUGUUGCUAUUCUCAUCUCAUUGGUGUUACUGGUGUUAUUAGCACACUUCAAUACAUGGAAUACUUAAGCCAACAUUGUGGAAAUAAAAUCGGCAUCAUUCUUACAAAGUAGACAAAGGUUCAGGUUGCUUUUCCUCACUAAAUCUUAAAUUGCUUACUGUCUUAGAGGGUACAGCAGAAAACAGCAAAGACCAAUAACCUAUCUGUUGUUUUUAAUAAGAACUUUAUUAAAGAAUGCAAUGGUACUUUCUUUAAAUGGCUUUGAAGUGAAGCGUUGAUCCCAGAAUCAAACACUUUAGUGAAAAAGACCAAUCUAUGAAUUCCAUCCAGUUAUCACUUUACAUUGUGCUUUAAUACUUUGAAUUUCUACAACCAUAUAUUUGAGCUAAAAUGUGUAAGUGAAAUUGAACUUGGGGGAAAUGAGCCCAAGAAAUGUUAAUUCGAAGUAGGGAUACAGUAUCAGUAAAUUAAAAGAUUUUUUUUCUAUACUGCAUCUUAAGUAACUGCUUUCUGAGAAGUUCAAAGGACUGUGUACAGGUUGAAACAAUCAGAUAUUCACUACAAAGAGACACAUUCCUGACAAUGCUACAACUGAUGAGCAAUUUGUUAUCAGAAUGAAUGAAAUAAUACUCUCAUCAUGGACAUAUUGAUAAGCUCAUUUAUUAACAUUCUAAUUAAAAAAAUGGGCUAAGCAUAAUUGAUACAAUUUAUUCUGGAUAUUUAAUAUUACAUAUUUUGGGGUCAUUGCGAAACUUUGGGUCCUUAUGCAUAAUCGACAUAAAUCCUGUAAAACAAUAAUUAGGUUUAAAAAACAAAAUGGUUUUAUAAAUCAUCCAAAGGCAUGACUAUUUUAUAAUACUUACCCACACAUUGGGCUCUUUUAAUAGCUUUUGACAUUUCAUUUUGUUUCUUUGCACAUAAGCCUAAGAAGCAAAGAAAUAGUCAUUUCAAAAUAAAAUUCAAAAAUACUAAUUGCUCAAUUUCAUUUGAGUCUUUGUUUCAAAAAAAAAAAUUAAAAUUAUUUUAAGUAGCUUUUUUAUUUUCUUAUUUUAGAGAACAUGUACUUGGGCCGGUAUAACUCAGAAUGAGUAUAAAAAAAUUAAAAUUUUUAUGUUAAAAGUACUGAAAGGUAUUUCAUGAUUUGGUUUGGAUAUGAGUUGAUGUAAUACUGCUAAAACUGUUUUUUGUACCUACCUGUUAUAUGAUGACCAAAUAUGUGACCAGUGUAUGGAGAAAUAAACUGUGAUAAAAGCUGUUGGAGAAAUAAGUUGGUUCAGUCUUCAAAGCAAUAAAAAAAAAUACUUUUGGUAGCAAA